UUAUCGGGCGCGUCUCGAGCACGAUGAAUCGACCUAAAAUUUUCUCUCGAACUUAGUUCAGGAGCCACGAAUCGCGUCGCGUCAUUCGUCGGGCUCGUGAUCGAAAAUACUCGUAUGCGAGCGGUAAAAGGAGGAUGUAGAACGAAACGAUCGCGCGCGAAGGCCAUUCUGGCGUAACGGAGUUAAACAGUCAGCACGUGGGUUUCACUUUUAUGAGUGACUGUCUUUAAUCUUUCCUCGUCAGUGACAGAGUGUCGCUCGUCGAAUCAAGACGUGGUCGAAUCGACGAGGUACUCGUACGUAGCGCGGGGUUUUACGAGAGACAGUUAUCGGUAAUGUGAUCCAAGUAAUGCGACUUGAACGAAUAGUAUUGCGCAAUAAUUCUUAAGUUUCGAAUACUAAUUUCCCGGACAAAAUGGGCGGCGGAGCGCAGAACACAGGUAUCUUUACCUACGAAACCCUGGUGCAUGCGAUAUCCGGAGCUGCGGGUAGCGUCGUUGCUAUGGCAACGUUCUUUCCUUUGGAUACAGUGCGAAGUCGAUUACAACUGGAAGAAGAUCGUCAAUCGAAAAGUACACUUGCAACAAUCCGUGAGUUGAUCGAUAAGGAAGGAGUAUGUACUUUGUACAGAGGAAUGGUGCCUGUUCUUCAAAGUCUAUGUGCCAGUAACUUCGUUUACUUUUACACAUUCCACGGUUUGAAGAUGCUCAGAGCUAGGAGAAAUCAAACAGCAGGUAAUGAUUUGCUGUUUGCAUCGAUCGCAGGUGUAAUUAACGUUCUAUCGACGACACCGUUAUGGGUGGUAAAUACAAGAUUGAAGAUGAGAGGUGUCGGACAGGUUCAAGAAAGAAACAAUAACGAAUAUAACACAUUAUACGAUGGUCUUAUGCAUAUAUGGAAAUACGAGGGGCUCAGUAAACUUUGGUCGGGUACAUUACCAAGUCUGAUGUUAGUCACAAAUCCAGCUAUUCAAUUUAUGACAUACGAGACUCUUAAAAGGAAGGUUACCGCCUCUUUACGUAAUUCACAACCGCCUGCAUGGAUGUUCUUUGCUAUCGGCGCUGUAGCGAAGGCGAUUUCGACUGCGCUCACUUAUCCGAUACAGUUAGUCCAAACAAAAUUAAGACAUGGUUAUAAGUAUCCUAAUCUACCCCCAGACGCUGGUACUUUGGAAAUUAUAUUUUAUAUAUUAAAGAAACAAGGAAUAGGGGCAUUGUACAAGGGAAUGGAAGCGAAACUAUUACAAACUAUUCUAACAGCGGCGUUGAUGUUUCUGGCGUACGAGAAAAUUUCAAGAUUCGUUUUUCGCAUUUUGUUACAUAGACCAAUAUUAAGAUAGUAACCUCUUACGCAUUGAACAGUAUUAUUCAACAAAGUGCUAUUUAUUGUGAUAGAAUAAUACAUAAAGAUGUGUAAUUUA